AUGGACUAUUCGCAUUCCAAAUCACGCCGGCGGGAAACUCGUGAGUCUCCCGUCGAAUCGUCGUCGGAUGAAUUGGCGGCGAUUUCAGAUCAUGAACCAGCUGAUCGCCGACGAACAAGCUGGGGCGUGCAUAAGAAUUUCACACCGCAACGCCCAAUUCAUGACCGACACGUUAGAGAGUCAGAAAGCCCCGAUGAACUGGCUGUCGAUGCUGACGAAUACUGGCGUACCUCUCGCAACCGCCGGAGCCCCAAAUCCGUCACCCGUCCCGUCAACCUCCCCGCCAACGCGAGCAGGAACGCUGAACGUCGUUCCGAAGAUCAAUCGAGCGACGCAGAUCAAGAUAUCACUCCUAUACAUGACGAUAUGUCUGACCGCUCUGCCACCCCGAUUCCUCCUGCUCCAGAACUGCCUCCCAAGCCUACAAAAGUCAACUACCAUGAGAAAUUUGUCCUUCACGGUCAUUUGCGAGGCGUGUCUGCUGUUCAAUUCUCUCCAGAUUGUUCUAUGAUUGCGAGUGCUGGUGCCGACGCAGCAAUCAAGGUCUGGGAUACGCUAAAUGGCCGGCUGAUUUACACCUUCGAGGGCCACCUUGCUGGCAUUUCCACCCUUGCAUGGAGUCCCGAUGGUCAAUGGAUCGCGUCUGGGUCCGAUGAUAAGACAAUUCGUUUCUGGAACGUGAAUACCGGCAGAGCUCAUACCAAGACCUUCGUCGGCCACCACAACUACGUUUAUCAAAUCGCAUUCGCACCCAAGGGUAAUAUUCUCGUUAGCGGCUCAUAUGAUGAGGCUGUCUUCAUGUGGGAUGUGCGCCGCGCGCGCGUCAUGCGAUCUCUCCCAGCUCACUCCGACCCCGUUGCCGGUAUCGAUGUCGUCCACGAUGGAACUUUGAUUGUCUCUUGUGCGUUGGAUGGUCUUGUCCGUAUUUGGGAUACACACAGUGGUCAGUGUCUCCGAACUCUGAUGCAUGACGACCAGCCACCUGCCACCUGCGUCAAGUUCUCGCCAAAUGGCAAGUACGUCCUGGCUUGGACUCUCGAUGGCUGCGUGCGGAUGUGGAACUACGUGGAGAGCCGUGUUGUGAAGACUUUCCAGGGCCAUGUGAACGAAAAAUACAGUCUGUCUGGAUGCUUCGGUCUUUACGGCCCACCGGAUAUUCAGUACUCCCCGCCCUUGUGCUUUGCCGUGAGCGGCAGCGAAGAUGGUGCUAUCCUGUGCUGGGAUCUAACAACCAAGAACGUUCUCCAGCGUAUUGAAGGUCACACUGACGCUGUUCUCUGUGUUCACUCUGGUAAUCUAAACGGCAAGCGUCUUCUUGUCAGUUGUGGGUUGGACAAGACAGUUCGCGUUUGGGAGGAGCUGCCGGGCGAAGGAAAUCCUAAUGCCGUCUCUCCUGAUGCCUCUGCGGAAAUGGAUCUGCCAAAUGGAGAUCAUAUUGCCAGUGACGAGGAUGGCGACAACGAGAUGACUGACAUUCCCGAGCCCUCUGCCAUAUCCACCCCUGCAGAGGAUGUGAUUAUGACAUGA